CGGUCUGGGCUAAAUUGCUUAUAGUUUCAGUUCACGUUUUUUGUCGCGAUAUUGCUCUCGAUAACUCACGUGCCGGUAUGUUGGUUGUAUAAAAAGCUCGCGCAAGUGUUAUUCAGUUAGAGGAUGUUGAUGAAUGGCAGAGGUGUAGUGAAAACCUGCCAGGUUUCCCGGUCUGUUCGCGAAAACUCAGGCGUUUUAGUAAGUUUAACAAAAGAACAUUAGAGGGGAAAACAUGGGCGGGGAAUCUUAAAAACACCCGCCUUCUUGCUGUCAUGAGCGGAAAACAGUCAGUGAGGCAAGAGGCAAACUUCUGAGGUCUGUCCUGAGGAAACCUCGGACACUUUAUUCACGCAGAGCCGGAUGGAAACGGAGCCGCUGUUAUCAGAAAGCAGAAAGCAGGACUCGGUAGAUUACGGCUCUCGACAUGACUCUGAAUCUGACUCCCAGUCUGACUCUAAAGGGACGAGUCGACUCUCUUAUUCACACAGCAGGGACUCUGUCCAUGUCGAAGAACGUGAUGAAGAGCUGUGCAUCCAGCAAGCGGUUGUAUUUAUUGAAGAUGCCAUUCAGUAUCGAUCCAUUAAUCACAAGGUUGACUUGAGAUCCUUGAGCUUAUACAGAUGGUACUACUCCAGGACAUGUCAGUGGGGUCUUGGUAUUACCAUUGCUGUGAUUCUGGCUCUGGCCUUUGUGGAGAAACCUUCCUCGAUCACUUACACAUCAGACCCUCGCUUCAGGCCUGAUCCCUGGGAGCCACCAUGUGGCCUCCCCGAGGCUGUAGAGAUGGUCUGCCUCUGCAUCUUCAUCGUGGAUGUAGUGGUCAAGAGUUAUCUGAUUGGAUGGGAGGAGUUCCGUAUGAAUAAAUGGCUGAUUGGCUACGUGCUGGUUAUAGCGGUAUCAGUCAUCGACUGCAUGAUCUCUUUUGCCAUGCUGUGUGGUACGACCAUACGAGUCAGGAGGCUGAUUCGGCCGUUUUUCCUCUUGCAAAAUUCCUCCUUAAUGAAGAAAACUCUAAAAUGUAUCAAAAGGACACUUCCAGAAAUAGCAAGUGUGAUCCUGCUUCUGGCCCUCCACCUGUGCUUAUUCACCAUGAUUGGUAUGCUGAUCUUCCCCAAAUUUGAGGACUCGUCGAAGAAUGGGGAAUGGGAGGCUUACUUCAAAGACCUGCCUAAGGCCUUGUCCUCUCUGCUUGUGCUGCUGACGACUGCUAAUAACCCAGACGUGAUGGUUCCUGCAUACUCACUGAAUCGGGGAUAUACCAUAUUUUUUAUACUUUUCAGUGUAUGUGGAACCUACAUCUUGAUGAAUUUGCUCACUGCUAUUAUCUACAACCAGUUCCGAGGCUAUCUGCUGAUGUCAGUGCAGGCCUCUAUUUUAAGGAGGCAUCUGGGGAUCACAGCUGCAUUUAAGGUGCUUUGCUGUCCGGGUCAAAGCCACGAUGACAAUUCUGAAGGUCAUGUAAAGAGAGUUCGAGUGGACAGAGUGCUGCAGGUCAUGAGAAGAGUGCAGAUGACAUCAUACUACAGACAAGCUGUCAUUAAGGCUGCUCAGGAAUUCCCUGAUGGUUUUAUUGAUGGUGAAGCAUUUCGGAGGCUGUUUAACGAACUGGAUAAGGAGCACAUCAGAGAGCACCCACCGAAACCAGAGUACAGCUCCUCAUUCCUACAAUCGGUCCAAAACGUGUGUAGUCAUUACUACUUCACUGUGGUGGGAAACACCGUAGCCCUCGCCAACGUCAUUUGCAUCUGUAGCAUUUUGGUGCUGGAUUCAGACAAGACUGUAAUGGAAAGGAAUGAUUACUACAUGGAGAUCAUUAAUUGGGCUUUUAUCAUCUACUACCUAUUAGAGAUGAUACUGAAACUGAUUGCCCUUGGUUGGAGGGGUUACAUCUCUUACAGAAAUAACAUCUUUGAUGGGUUCUUCACUGUCCUUCUGCUGAUCCUCCAGGUUACUAUUUUUGUCAUGUUCAGGAUUACCAAUCCAAAAUCGAUGCCGACUCUGCACGGGAACAUAUCUUUGUGGGAAAUGGUGCGACUGGUCAACAUGCUGAUUGUCUUCCGUUUCCUCAGGAUCAUUCCAGAAGUCAAGAUGAUUAAAGCGCCAUAUGUUGUACUUGACAUCCAUUUGUAUCCAUUAAUGUUGUGGAACAUCACAAAACAAUUGAUGGCUCUGGUGGCUAGUACUCUUGUGGACCUCGUGAAAAACUUGCGGGCUUUUGCCGGGAUUCUGGUGGUGGUGUACUAUGUGUAUGCUGUUAUUGGUAUCUGGCUUUUCCAAGGAGCUAUUACUCCUCCAGCCUCAAGUGCGGCCAACUCAACUAGUGAGAAUGGUACAUCCAACUUCACCAUGGAGUGUGGCUCCUAUGAACAGCUGGAGUAUUGGCCAAACAACUUUGAUGACUUUGCUUCUUCUCUAGUUCUGCUGUAUGACGUGAUGGUGGUGAAUAACUGGCAGGUCUUUAUGGACGCUUACACGAGAUACACCACUGAGUGGUCGAAGGUGUACUUUGUAUCCUGGUGGCUCACCUCGUCUGUCAUGUGGGUCAAUUUGUUUGUGGCACUCAUUUUGGAGAACUUUACUUACAAAUGGGACAAAAGUCAUGCGUUGAGCGUAUCAGAUGUGGAGAGAACAAACUAUGAGACCACAGUGCUGAUGAUGUUCAGAGACCAAAUCCAAGGACCGAGUCAGGAGGACAUAGAGAGCCACCUCCAGUGUCUUCCACAUCUCCAUCUCCCUCACUGGUCCCUGCAAUCACACAGCCCUUAACUACAGCGCCACAUACACCUGCUCUCCACCACGCGUUUACAUUUACAUUAAUCCUGACUGGAGUGUGGAGGAGUACAGUCUGCCAUGGUCUUGAAGUGGGGUUAGUGCAGAAGACAACGCCAUGUGCUGCUCAGUUUUCUGCUGAACACAUGUUAGUGACAUGGCACUGUUUUAAAAUGCCAGAGUCCUUUUAUUAUUAUUUUUAUUUAUUUAUUUUUUAAUUAGUUUAGUACUAGAGCAUUUCGAUCUUGGUUAUGAAAGGGAAAUUAUCAGAUUUUUGUUUUGAAAUGAAUGUUUUAACUAGAUAAUGAAUUUCAAGUCUUUGCAGAGAGAUCAUGGACAAGAUGAUACCAUCCAGCCUGGUCUGAGUUUCCAAAAAAAAAAAAAAAAAAAAAGGCAGCAAAUUAAGUUGCUUGCGUGAGUAUUCAACUCCCUUGAACUUUUCCACAUGGUGUAGUGUUAUAACCUGGAACUGAAAUGGGAUUAUACAUAUCAUGAGUCUAAACAAAAUAUGUAAUAUAUAAGUGGGGGGAAGUCAAUAUAGAUUGCAAAAUUAUUUGCAAAUAAAAAAAAACUUAAAAGUUGUGGUGCAUUCCAUUCAAAUAGUCGUGUGACUUCUUGUCAUGAUUUAUAAUCCCAAUUAAAACAAUUUCAGUUCUCGGUUGUAACAGUACAAAAUGUAGAAAUGUGCAAUGGGGGUGAAAACUUAUGCACGGCACAGUAUGGUGUCUGAAGUGUCAUUUGUGAGUGGCACCACAUUCUAUGCUCCACUACUUCUCACUCACUCAACCAAUCUACUCGAAGCACCGUUGAGCUCAAACGCAGGCAGCAGAUGUCAGUGACAUGGAAAUAGUGCGCUGAAAUGACCCUGAAGCUGGGCCAGAAACUCUUUCAUGCAGCCAGACUGUGUUUUACUGCUGAGAUGGGAACGUGAAGAUCUUGACAGUGGUGCUGCUGAAAUGCAGAAUUUAUUGAGGUGCUUUUUAUCCUUGAGCAUGCGGUACAUUAAUACUCAACAAAGCUAUUAUGGCAUUACAACCUUGAACGAUAGAUGUCUUUUGGUCUAAAAACUAACAUGUCUACAAAGGAAGUAUAUAGUAUUAAUCACUGAAGCAGCAGAUAUAUAUUUACAGAUAUACCUGUUAAUGCUUCCUUAGCUGAUGAUAAUGUCAAUAAAUGCUGCUGUUCUGGUAAUACGUGUGUGGCACCCGGAGAAAACCCUUCACAUGGUGAAAUUAUGGCAUUUUUUUACUUUAUAUAGUUCCGAAAGCUUUUGCAUGUAUCUCAACAUUUUAUACCUGCUUACUUUUAAAAGUGAAAAGGUAUAAAAUUGCAAAAGGAUUUCAUUCUGACUGCAGUCAUUGUGCUACAGAACAUAGCUAUCCAACAACUUGAUCAAAGCGUGACAUUCACUGUGUGUGAGGAAAUCACACUUAGCAAGCAAGGUUUUUAACAUCUUUAUCUAGACUGAUGCCCCAUACACACAUAUACAGAUAGCUAAGAUUUCGGAGACUGAAAAGUGGAGACAGAUUGAAGUGGAUUAAAAACUUUGUUUUCACUACAGAAAAAAAAAGCAUUCGUUUUUGAAAACGCUGACAUCAUGGCGCGAACCUGUGCGUGCCCAUUACGGGUUUUCAUGUGUCAUAAACGUGCUAAUGCUCUGUUGAUCAGGUUGAUCACAGUAUCGCUUUGUGGUCUGUAAUUUCUUAUUUGAUAAUGUGUUUGUAAUUUCAUUCCACUUCGUUUUAUUAUUACACCCUCGUGCAGAGGCGCCAGACGUUAACGCGUGCUGUACCGCGCCUGAAUCGACCGCUCCGUCUGUACAAACCACAAUGCAGAUGAAGACCUGGGAGAACACUUUGUAUUCAAGUGCAUCCUUAGUUGCACAAUAGUUACACCUCAUCAUCAGUCCACAUAUGAAUCCGUGUGUUUAUCAUUUUUUAUGGCAUACUAUCACUGCGCUGGCUUGCUCACGUGAACGUUUUCAAAUCAUUUUUACGGUUUCGUAUGGAUGAAGAUAUUUUUAAAGACGCUAUUUCUGUGUGUGUGUGUGUGUGUGUGUGUGUGUGUUUUAAACAGAAGGGUAAAAACUAUGUUUUCAACAAUAUCUGUAAACGUGUGGGUGGGGCCUGACUGUGUUUACCACUGCCAUUUUAUUAAACUGGCUCUUUACCCAGCAUCUUUACAGGAAAAUAGCCUAGACAAUAUUUAAAAAAGUGAAUAAAAACAUUUCCACAUCAUUUCCAUUAAAUAUAUUUAUGGUUUCUCCAAGUAUGUAUAUUCAAUUUUGGACAAUGUUGGAUUUUUUUUUUUUGUAUGUUUAUUUUAUUUGGCUGUUUGCCACAAUGUAGCACCAUCAGCAUCAUCCGAUGGUUUUCCCAGACCAAUACACACAAGUAGAGUUGUUAAAUUGGUUCAUUUCUCAUUAUUCAUUGGCUGCGUACAGAGCACAAUAUCAUAUAUCCAGUGAAAUAUAUCCAGUCGUCUUCACCCUAAUUUUUAUCUACCACCUUUGCAGUGUAGUGAUUGAUAACCAUAAACCAGAAUUUAAAAAGCAGAAAAACCUGUUUACACAACAGUGUUUAAUAAUGGAGAUUUAAGGGCAGUUGUCGGGGCAGUUGAUAAACGUUUAUGCAUUUUGUACAUUGCUUUCACUUGUAAGUUAAGCUGUAAGAAUUUCUGAGUAGGUGCUGUCAUUGUAGUGCACAUCACAUGGAUAGCAUUCAGGAAAGCAUGAGGAACUUGAAUUAGUUUUUACUCUAUAAGAUCAGUUUUGUUAAGUCUUUCUUUCAUGUUCAUGUCCUGUGCCUCAUGUUAAUACAUUACUUGUUGGAGCGUUAUGGUUAGUUUUGAAUUCAUGUUAUACAGCUAAUCACGUGCACUAUUCAGGUGUGUUAAAAGUGUGUUAAAACACUUUCAGUUCCUUUCUCAGUUUGUGUUGAAUUUUGUAUCUGAAAUCACACAUGCACUACAAAUGUGGUAGAUAAUAUUAGAUUGAAAAAUGCUUUCAUUGAAUGAAUUUCUUUUCAAAGAGAUAUAGAUGGCAAUAUGAUAGGGCUUUCAAACACACACACACAGCAUUUGGUGAUAAACAGUCAUCGAUGUAAUGAUCAAUAAUAAACAUUUGGUUUAGUAGACUGGCACUAUGAUUGGAUCAAAAUUUUAAACAAAACUAAAUGUUCAGAUUAUAAUAUUUAUAUAUGAUAUAUAAUAGUUAUUAAUGAUCUAUAUUUAGAUUAUAUAAACCAUUAAAAAGAAAUCAAAAGGGGAAUCACUGCUGCAGAUGAGCCAUUUUUGUUACUCAGUAUGUAAAUAAGAUUUUAUUACAACUUUUAUAGUCAGUGUUGGAUAAGAAUAUUUUUACGAUAUUAUCAUGAUUAAUAAAAUUUGUGUUAUAUAAUCAUAAUAUGUGUCUCUGAUACCAUCAAAUGAGCAUUUCAGUGUUCUGAGAGACAUCUGAAUAAAAUGGGAUAUUGUCAUAAAGUUGAAA